CGCCGGGCGGCCGCCAUGCGAUCAGGCAGUGCGCUGACCGGCCCGGCCGGUCGGCCCCUUCUGGGUCCUCCCUUUGCAGCCCGUGCGGGGCCGUCUCGGAGACCCCGCGCCGACGGCUGCUCAAACAUCAGGACACGUGCAGAGCAGAUGAAAGUCUUGAGUUGUCCCCGUGUGCCUUUUCCCAGCUGAGAUAGACCGUGGCGACACAGUCUUCUUGUUUCAGCUCUUCCGUCGCAGCUGGCCCCCGAAAGGACACUCCCCAAGUCCCCAGCUGGGGGCCCCGCGUAGACCUGGAGUGGACACCCCCUCCUUCCCUUCAUGAUUCGUUUGUAGCGCAGUGGCGAUGGAUGAUGAGGAUGGGAGAUGCUUACUAGACGUGAUUUGUGACCCUCAGGCCCUCAACGACUUCUUACAUGGAUCCGAGAAGCUCGACAGUGAUGACCUCCUGGAUAAUCCUGGGGAGGCCCAAAGUGCCUUCUAUGAAGGUCCUGGGCUCCACGUGCAAGAAGCCUCUGGCAACCACUUGAACCCAGAGCCUAGCCAGCCGGCCCCCAGCGUGGACCUCGACUUCUUGGAAGAUGACAUCCUGGACUCGCCCGCGGCCGGGGGUGGCGGCGGGGGCGCGGGGGGCGCCGACCAGCCCUGCGACAUUCUCCAGCAGAGCCUCCAGGAGGCCAACAUCACCGAGCAGACACUCGAGGCUGAGGCCGAGCUGGACCUGGGUCCCUUCCAGCUGCCCACCCUGCAGCCCGCGGACGGUGGGGCUGGCCCGGCGGGGGCCGGAGGGGCUGCUGCCGUGGCCACGGGACCCCAGGCGCUCUUCUCAGGGGGCGCCGACCUGCUGGGGCUGCAGGCCCCGCCCACCGUGCUGACCCACCAGGCCCUGGUGCCGCCCCAGGAUGUGGUCAGCAAAGCCUUGAGCGUCCAGCCCUUCCUGCAGCCUGUGGGCCUGGGCAACGUGACUCUGCAGCCCAUCCCGGGCCUUCAGGGCCUGCCAAAUGGCAGCCCCGGGGGUGCCGCAGCAGCCACGCUCGGCCUGGCCCCCAUCCAGGUGGUGGGCCAGCCCGUCAUGGCACUCAACCCACCCACCUCCCAGCUCCUGGCCAAGCAGGUGCCCGUCAGCGGCUACCUGGCCUCAGCAGCCGGCCCUUCGGAGCCAGUGACCCUGGCAUCGGCUGGUGUCUCACCCCAGGGGGCCGGCCUGGUCCUCCAGAAGAACCUCCCCGCCGCCGUGGCCACCACGCUCAAUGGGAACUCAGUGUUCGGAGGGGCGGGAGCCGCCCCGGCGGCGGCCAGCGGGGCGCCCUCAGGACAGCCGCUGGCGGUGGCUCCCGGCCUGGGCACGUCGCCGCUGGUUCAAGCGCCCAACGUCAUUCUGCACCGCACGCCCACGCCCAUCCAGCCCAAGCCUGCCGGCGUGCUGCCCCCCAAGCUCUACCAGCUGACUCCCAAGCCGUUCGCCCCCGCGGGCGCCACGCUCACCAUCCAGGGCGAGGCCGGGGGCCUCCCGCAGCCACCCAAGGCUCCCCAGAACCUGACUUUCAUGGCGGCGGGCAAGGCCGGCCAGAACGUGGUGCUGUCGGGCUUCCCGGCGCCCGCCCUGCAGGCCAACGUCUUCAAGCCGCCUCCGGCCACCACCACGGGGGCAGCCCCCCCACAGCCCCCUGGGACCCUGAGCAAGCCCAUGAGCGUGCAUCUCCUGAACCAAGGCAGCAGCAUCGUCAUCCCCGCCCAGCACAUGCUUCCGGGCCAGAACCAGUUCCUGCUGCCUGGCACGUCGGCGGUCCAGCUCCCCCAGCCACUCUCAGCCCUGCCAGCCAACGUGGGCGGGCAGAUCCUGGCAGCCGCGGCCCCCCACGCGGGCGGACAGCUCAUCGCCAACCCCAUCCUCACCAACCAGAACCUGGCGGGCCCGCUGAGCCUGGGCCCCGUGCUGGCCCCCCACUCGGGGGCCCACAGCGCUGCCCACAUUCUCUCGGCCGCCCCCAUCCAGGUGGGCCAGCCGGCACUCUUCCAGAUGCCUGUGUCGCUGGCCACCGGCAGCCUGCCCACACAGAGCCAGCCGGCCGCCGCCGGGCCGGCCGCCACCACUGUCCUCCAGGGGGUCACCCUGCCCCCCAGUGCCGUGGCCAUGCUCAACACCCCCGAUGGUCUGGUGCAACCCGGCACCCCCGCCGCUGGUGGGGAGGCUACGCCUGUCCUCACGGUGCAGACAGCGCCCCAGGCGCCCCCCACGGUCAGCACCCCACUGCCUCUGGGUCUCCAGCAGCCGCAGCAGCAACAGCAGCCGCCGCCGCCACCACAGGCCCCCACCCCACAGGCUGCCGCCCCAGCUCAGGCCACCACCCCACAGCCCAGCCCCGGCCUGGCGUCCAGCCCGGAGAAGAUUGUCCUGGGGCAGCCACCCUCUGCUGCCCCCACGGCCGUCCUCACUCAGGACUCCCUGCAGAUGUUUCUGCCCCAGGAGAGGAGCCAGCAGCCCCUCUCCACAGAGGGCCCCCACCUCUCCGUGCCCGCCUCGGUCAUAGUCAGCGCCCCGCCUCCCGCCCAAGACCCAGCCCCGACCACCCCUGUCGCCAAAGGAGCUGGCCUUGGCCCUCAGGCCCCCGACAGCCAGGCCUCCCCGGCGCCGGCCCCCCAGAUCCCCGCGGCGGCUCCGCUGAAGGGCCCCGGCCCCUCCUCUUCCCCAUCACUACCUCACCAGGCCCCCCUGGGGGACAGCCCCCACCUGCCGUCCCCUCACCCGGCCCGGCCCCCGUCCCGCCCCCCAUCCCGUCCCCACUCCCGCCCGCCUUCCCAGCCGCAGAGCUUGUCCCGUCCCCCCUCAGAGCCUGCCCUGCACCCCUGCCCUCCUCCCCAGGCCCCCCCUACCCUGCCUGGCAUCUUUGUCAUCCAGAACCAGCUGGGCGGCACCCCCUCUGCAAGCACCCCGGCCCCCACCGCCCCAGGCCCACCCCAGCCCCCACUGCGACCCCCGUCCCAGCCCCUGGAGGGGCCACUGGCCCCCGCCCCCCACCUCCCUCCGGCCUCCACCUCCACUGUCGGGGUCGCCUCCGCCUCCUCCUCCGAGACGUCCUCCCGGCUGCCAGCCCCCACGCCGCCCGACUUCCAGCUGCAGUACCCACCCAGCCAGGGGCCCCACAAGUCCCCCACGCCCCCUCCGACCCUCCACCUGGUCCCCGAGCCCGCAGCGCCCCCCCCACCGCCUCCUCGGACCUUCCAGAUGGUGACCACCCCCUUCCCGGCGCUGCCCCAGCCGAAGGCUCUUCUCGAGAGAUUUCACCAGGUGCCGUCUGGGAUCAUUCUCCAGAGCAAGGCCGUGGGGGCCCCUGCCGCCCCACAGUCCUCCGCCAGCCUGGGACCCCUCGCCAGCCCCACUGCCUCCGUGCUGGUCAGUGGGCAGGCUCCAUCCGGGACUCCCACCACCCCCAGCCAUGCCCCCACCCCAGCACCCAUGGCCACCACAGGCCUGCCUCCUCUGCUUCCUGCCGAGAGCAAAGCCUUUGCCAGCAACCUCCCAACCCUGACCGUGGCCAAGGCCGCCCCUUCCGGGCCAGGGAAGUCCUCCGGGCUGCAGUAUGAGAGCAAGUUGGGCAGCCUGAAGAAACCCCCCGCGCUUCAGCCCAGCAAAGAAGCCUGCUUCCUGGAGCAUUUGCACAAACAUCAGGGCUCCGUCCUGCACCCUGACUGCAAGACGGCCUUCCCCUCCUUCGAGGAUGCCCUGCACCGCCUCCUGCCCUAUCAUGUCUACCAGGGUGCCCUCCCCUCUCCCAACGACUACCACAAAGUGGACGAGGAGUUCGAGACGGUCUCCACGCAGCUGCUGAAACGCACCCAGGCCAUGCUCAAUAAAUACCGCCUCCUGCUGCUGGAGGAGUCCCGGAGGGUGAGCCCCUCCGCGGAGAUGGUAAUGAUCGACCGAAUGUUCAUUCAAGAGGAAAAGACCACACUGGCCUUGGACAAGCAGCUGGCCAAGGAGAAGCCAGAUGAGUACGUGUCUUCCUCCCGCACUCUCGGCCUCCCCGUCGCCGCUUCUUCCGAGGGACACCGGCUGCCCGGCCACGGCCCGUCUCCGUCCUCAGCGUCUGGGGCCCCAGCCCAGCCCCCUCUGCACCUGCCCACCAAGCUGGUGAUCCGGCACGGCGGCGUGGGCGGCUCCCCCUCCGUGACCUGGGCGCGGGCCUCCUCGUCCUCCCUGUCUUCGUCCUCCUCGUCCUCCGCCGCCUCCUCCCUGGACGCCGACGAGGACGGCCCCAUGCCCUCCCGCAACCGGCCGCCCAUCAAGACCUACGAGGCCCGGAGCCGCAUCGGGCUCAAGCUCAAGAUCAAACAGGAAGCCGGGCUCAGCAAGGUCGUCCACAACACGGCUUUGGACCCGGUGCACCAAACGCCGCCGCCGCCCCCCACCUCCCUCAAGGCGGCCGAGCCCCCGCCCCGGCCCCCGCCGCCGCCCCCCGCCCCUGGCCAGAUGAACGGUACGGUGGACCACCCGCCACCGCCGCCGCCGGCUGCUGACCGCAAGCCCCCGCAGCCGGUCCCGCACUGCCCCCGUCUACCCCUCCGCAAGACCUACCGUGAGAACGUGGAGGCCCCAGGUGUCGGGGUGACCGAGGGGGC